CAAGGGAAGAGGAGGGGACGGCGGGGGAGAUGGAGGCGGCUGGGCAGGGCAGGACGGCGCGUCCUGCAGCUCGGGAGUGGGGUCCCCGGCUUCCCCUCCCCUGCGCACUCCCUGCCCUUUUAUCGCCUGAGCCCGGGCCUGGUACAGCACCGCUGCCCCCAGCCCGGUGCCCCCGGAGCCGCAGACUUGGCGCGUCUCACUGACCCGCUCACUCCGUGUCACCCGCUCAGUUGACCGCCAGCUGUUCACCCAAGUCACUGAAAUCUGACGCCUGGAGUCAUCCUGAGCGCCCCCUCCCGCUGCUCCAGUCUGAGCCUCUUCGACUCCCCAUUAGACGAGUGUCCAGGCUGCCAAGAUGCCAGGGCCAAGACCUCGGAAGGGCCCUCAGGCCAGUGACCAGGGUGUGGCAGCUGCCAAGCAGCUUGGGCUGUUUAUGGAGUUCAGCCCUGAGGACAUGCUGCUGGGGAUGGAGGAGACUGGAGAUGAUGGGGACCUGGAGGCUGAGCUGCUGGCCCUCACUGGGGAAGCAGGGACCACAGGCAAGAAGCCAGCACCCAAGGGGCAGGCCCCACUGCCUAUGGCCCACAUCGAGAAGUUGGCGGCAGACUGCCUGCGGGAUGUGGAGGAGGAGGAGGAGGAAGGGCUGGAGGACGAUGCAGACUUGCUGACUGAGCUGCAGGAGGUCCUGGGUGCACAUGAGGAGGCUGGGCCCUUGGAUGGCGAUGAGACAGCCAGCCCAGGGGGCUCUGAGAAGGAACAGGAGAACAUUGAAUCUCCAGUGCAGACAGCUCUCCUAACAGCUUCAGUCCCAGAGGCUCAGGCUGGAGGGCCUCAGGGGCUGCAGGCUCUGCUGGAGGAUCGGAUCCACAACUACCGGGAGGCGGUGGCCAGUGCCAAGGAGACAGGUGAAGCAGCCAAAGCCAGGCGCUGUGAGCGCGGCCUGAAGACUCUGGAGUCCCAGCUGGCUGCUGUGAGGAAAGGCAGGAAGAUCAGUGAGGAUGAGAUCCCACCUCCAGUGGCCUUGGGCAAGAGGCCCCUGGCCCCUCAGGAAACAACCAGCAGGAGCCCUGAAGCAGAACCCCCAGCUCCCCCCUCCGUGGAGCCAGACAACCCCUCCCAGCCUGAGACAAGCCACUUGGGCAGCCCUAGUAUUUCUGGGCCCCCUGAUUCAGACCCAGACCCACGGGCCUUGCUGUUGGCCCGACAGAGAGAGUACAAAGUGGCUGCCCUGAACGCCAAGCGGGCUGGAGACCUAGAUCGUGCCCGAGAGCUCAUGAGGAUUGGGAAGAGAUUUGGGGCCAUCCUGGAGGCCCUGGAGAAGGGGCAGCCUGUGGACCUGAGUGCCAUGCCCCCAGCACCUGAGGACCUGAAGCCCCUCCCACAGGCUUCCAAGGCCUCCACAGCACCCGCAGAGGUACACCCAGCAGUAGAGCGAGUGCAGCCAGUGAUGGCCUCUGACAUCCCGGCCACCCCAGUGGCCCCUACUGAGCCACAGACAGUGCUAGACGCCCUGCAGCAGAGGCUGAACAAGUACCGUGAGGCAGGCACCCAGGCUCGGGGCAGUGGGGAUGAGCGCAAGGCCCGGAUGCACGAGCGUAUUGCCAAGCAAUAUCAAGAUGCCAUUCGAGCCCACCGAGCAGGACGGAAAGUUGACUUUGCUGAGUUGCCUGUUCCUCCAGGAUUCCCCCCUAUACCUGGCUGGGAGCCCACUAUGGGUACUGAGGAGGAUGUGGUGGCAGCUACUUUAGCAGCUGCCCAGAAACUGGCCUCCUCAGAGGAUACAGCCCCCGCAGAGGAAGACGAGGACGAGGACAAGGAUGAGCCCCCAGCCCAGGCCCCAGUGGCCAAGAAGCCAGCACAGCCUCUGGUCCCUUCAUCCCGGCCCCUGUCUGAGCCCAAAGCCUCGAGUUCUAAGGAGUCACUGAGUCCGGCUGUGCGAGAGCAGGUGGCCCUGCUGCAGGCACGGAAACUGCAGUACCAGCGGGCAGCCCUGCAGGCCAAGCGUGGCCAGGACCUGGAGCAGGCCAAAGCCCAUCUGCGGGUGGCCAAAUCCCUUGAGGCUCAGAUCAUCCAGGUGCGGGCUGGCCGACCUGUGGACCUCUCCAAGGUGCCUUCACCCUUAACGGAUGAGGAGGGCGACUUCAUCCUGAUCCACCAUGAGGACCUGCGACUCUCUCAGAAGGCUGAGGAGGUGUAUGCCCAGCUACAAAAAAUGCUUCUGGAGCAACACGAGAAGUGUGUGCUGUUCUCCAAGCAGUUUAUGCACCAGGGCAAUGUGGCCGAGACUACCCGGUUUGAGAAUCUUGCUCAAGACCGCAAGAAGCAGCUUGAGAUCCUACAGCUGGCCCAGGCCCAGGGCCUUGACCCUCCCAGCCACCACUUUGAGCUGAAGACAUUCCAAACUGUGAGGAUCUUCGCAGAACUGAACAGCACAGAAAUGCAUCUGAUUGUUGUCCGGGGAAUGAACCUCCCAGCCCCUCCAGGGGUGACCCCUGAUGACUUGGAUGCUUUUGUGCGGUUUGAGUUCCACUAUCCUAAUUCGGACCAGGCUCAAAAAAACAAAACAGCUGUGGUGAAAAACACAAACUCUCCAGAAUUUGAUCAGCUCUUCAAACUAAACAUCAACCGAAACCACCGGGGCUUCAGGAGGGUGAUUCAAAGCAAAGGAAUCAAGUUUGAAAUCUUCCACAAAGGAUCCUUCUUCAGAAGUGACAAGCUGGUCGGCACAGCCCACCUGAAACUGGAGCGUCUGGAGAAUGAGUGUGAGAUCAGAGAGAUUGUGGAGGUCCUGGACGGAAGGAAGCCCACUGGGGGCAAGCUGGAGGUGAAGGUGAGGCUGCGGGAGCCUCUGAGUGGCCAGGAUGUGCAGAUGGUCACCGAGAACUGGCUGGUCCUGGAGCCCAGGGGCCUGUGAGGUGGGCAGCUCUCUGGGCCCUUAGAACCUCUGUUCCCUGCUCACUGCCUGGGCCCUCCAGGGACCCUUCCAGUACUCAACUCAUAUCUAAGGAGAAAGCCUAGGAGUUUCUCAUCUGUGAGGAAGACCAAGAGGCAAAACUGUUGGUUGGGUAGCGCUCAGGCUCAGUGUCUCAUGAUCUUCAGCAGAACUGGGGAAGGAAGUUAACUUUCCCAGGUCUGUCUUCAGGAAACCCUUUCUAAAAUCUACUUGUACAUCCACUGCAGUUUAGACUUCCUGAGCUUUGUGCCCUUGUGCAACAGAGGGUCAAUGUAGGGAGUGGAGUCAGGCCAGCAAUUCCUCUCCAUCUUCCCCCACCCCCGCCCCGCUUUGCUGGCUAUAGAGGUCAUUGUACAUAAAGGAGAUGCUGCUGCACAAGCACCAAAGACCUGUUAAGUACUUGCAUAUUGACCACGGCCCUAGUCUUUCCUGUUGCUGGCCCCUCCCCAGGCCUCCACCCAAACAGGCUGGAUUCCAAGAUUGCUCCUACCCCUCCAUCUGGGGGAGGGCAAGGACAGCCUCACUGCUCUGCCAUGGAGUCUUGUAACCCCUUAACCCCUGGGUAGCAACUGCUUGCAGCUUGCCCCAGCCCCCAGUUGCACCAUUUCUAGAUGUGCCUUUAAAAGAUAGAACUGUAAGGGAUGGGAAAACUCGAGUGUGAUCUGGACACCCCGCCACACCCCCUGCUUAGGGUGGGGGCAGGGUUCUGUGACUCCAGGUGGCCAGUGGCAGCCUAUCCCACACAACUCAGUUUACCCCCUCAGUUUGCCCUGCCUGUGCCUGUGCCUUGGUUCCUGACAGCUGCUGCACUAGCCUCCCUGCUUCUCAGAGCUCUCAGUGGAAGUUUGUUCAGGACUGUGUGGUGGGAAGUAAGGGUAGGGCUGUGUUAGGUUUGGUCCAUGUACCUAAGACUGAAAGAAUGUUAACUAGGAAAGAAAAAAUAUAUGUGUAUAUAUGUUAUGUAGCUGAUUUUAUUUAAGAAACUAGGUCUAAUUAACUCAUUGUAGGGGAUUUACACUCUCCUCACAAAGUAACCAUCAAAGUCCUAAACAAAAGCCCUGCUGCUCCCUGUCACUUUUUAAAGCCAGAGUGGCAGUAACAUUUGUUAAUUGACAGAAACUGCUGCUACGGCUUCCUCUAGAGACAGGGCAGGGGAAGCCUUGCCUCUCAUCACCUAGGGAAAUCCCUUCGUUUCUUCCCAAGAAAUUCUCCUUUGGCUUUGUUUUUCUGAAUGGAUGGAAAUAAUGGAGGGAUUUAUAGUUGCAACAGAUUUAAUGUUCAAAACUGCAAUAUUCUACAUCUCUUAGAAAUAAACUUUAAUAACGCA